AUGAUUGUACGGCCUACGUCGAAGGCAGUCCCGCAGCGGCAGUUUGUGUCUGCGCUUGUAGAGCAGGUCCAGGCACUGGCUGCGGUUCAGCCUGCACAUCGGCGUUUACGAGACGAUCGUGGUAACCGAUUUUAUCUCUUUGAAGGACCGGAAGCGCGACCGCUGCCCUCCGUGACAUCAGUGCUAUCCACGAUUGCGAAGCCGGCGCUCACCACCUGGAGCCGAAACACGGCGCUCGAGGCUAUGCGCGACGCGCUUCUUCGCAAGGCCGGGAAGAGCAUCACCAACGAGAUUCUGGAACAGGCUCUGCAAGAAGCGAAGCAGCAGCCACGAGCACUGGCGGGGCGGGCAGCGCAGCUCGGCAUUCGCGGACACGAGGCCUUCGGUCGCGUAUUGAGCGGUCUAGGAGCGAGCAAGCCUGUAACUGCAGAGCUUGAUCAGACAGUAAGCAACUUUGAGCGCUGGUGGAAACAUUCUGGGUAUGUGCUAGCGUGCUCAGAACUGGUCGUGCGGAGUGAACGCUAUGGAUACGCUGGCCAGUGUGAUGCGAUUGCAGUGCGGCUGAACGAAGCCGUCCGAACAGCGGACGAGUCAUCAUCGCGACCGAGCGCAAGUCUCGCGGUCUUCGAUUGGAAAACAACCUCAGCCAUUUAUUCAGAGUAUGCGCUCCAGGCGGCUGCGUAUGCAAAGGCGUUGGAGGAAAUGAGCCACGGUACGUUACAUGUACACGAAGCGUGGGUCGUUCGCUUCGGGAGAAUGGACUCUGAGCCGUGUUUCGAAGCACGCCAAGUUCGUGAUAUAAGCGCUGCGUUCCUUUGCUUCCGCGCUGCGCUCAUCCUUUUCAACGAGCUUGGCGAGACACUAUACAAUGAUAAAGGUGGCUGA